AAAUUUGUAAAAAAUAUAAAAUUCCUCCUCAACUCCCAACUGCUACUUCUUCUUCUUCUACUUCUACUUCACCUAGUUCUUCCAAUUUUCCCAAAACUCUCAUAAAACAUCACAACAACACAAUUACAUACACCUAACUAACUCAUCAAUCAUCACCUCAAUCUUCAUCAACCCAAACAAACACAACCUUCUACCAAAAUCCACAUAACCUUAAUAAUCAUAAUCAUAAUCUCAAACACAAAAACCCAUUUCCUUAAAACUCAACCAAACAGAACCUUUCUAUACAUUCUUUCAUCUCCACCAUGCUUCACCGUAAACUCUUUCAAUCUCAGCCGUCCACUUCAUCAUCCUCACCACAACCACCUCACCAUCACAACCACCACAUCCUAAUCCCUCUCCUCGCCGGAACCGCCGUUGUACUAACUCUCCUCCUCUUCUUCACCUUCCUCCGCCGCCGCACCCGAAAAAAAUGCACAUCACCAUUCUCCAUCACCGACGAUGAUCCACCCCACCGUUACUCCUACUCCCUCCUCCGCCGUGCAACAAACUCGUUCUCCAACCCACUCGGCCAUGGCGGCUUCGGCACCGUCUUCUCCGGCACACUCUCUUCAAUACCAAUCGCUGUUAAGCUCAUGGAUACUUCCUCUCAUCAAGGUGAACGCGAAUUUCACAACGAACUGUUCUUCGCUUCAAAGCUUCGUUCUCUUUAUAUAAUUCCUCCGUUAGGGUUUUCGUCUGAUCCAAAACGACGUCGUUUUCUACUUGUUUAUCCUUUAAUGCAAAACGGUAAUCUUCAAGAUGCACUUUUGAAGCGUAAGUGUUCUGAACUUUUUAAUUGGGAAAAAAGAUUUGAAAUUGUGUUGGAUAUUGCUAAAGGACUUUGUUAUCUUCACUCUUUUGAUCCUCCUGUUAUACAUGGUGAUAUAAAACCUAGUAAUAUUCUUUUAGAUUGUGAUUUUAAUGCUAAAAUCGGCGAUUUUGGACUUGCUCGGUUGAAAUCGGAGCCGGUUAGGGUUGAUGUUGAGCUUUUGGGUAUUGAUAGUGAUGAUGAAAUGAAGAAAAGGAAUGAAAAUGAUGAUUUGGAGUGUGGUGGUGUUCAGGUUGUGAUUGAUGAUUGUGGAUCUGUGGAUAGUGUGCAUACUGGUUUUUUUGAAGAGGGUGGUAAUUUGGGUGUGGAGCAAUCUUCGGUGGCUUCGCCGGAAACUGUUGAGAUGAGAAUGACUAUGACAAUGGCAUUGGCGGCGUCACCGGGUUUUGAUAAGGGGAGUGUAAAGAGUGAGAAGGAUGUUGUUGGUGUUGAGGAUGGUAAGAGAAUUGGGAAAGGGUUGACGAGUAAUUUGGUUAGGGAUUGGUGGUGGAAACAGGACAAUGAGGUCGCGGGUUUGACACCGGUUGGCGAAGGUAAGAAGGUGAAGGAUUAUGUGAUGGAUUGGAUUGGUAGGGAAGUGAAAAGUGAAAAGAGUGAAUUGGCGGGUGUGAAGAUGGGUAAGCAGGAGAUGAAGGAGAAGAAGAACAGGAAGCAGAAAUUGGAAUGGUGGGAAUCAAUGGACGAUGAAAAUUUUGGCGGGGUCGUGAAGAAGGAGAAGAAAAAGUCGGUGAGGGAAUGGUGGAAGGAGGAGUAUUGUGAAGAGGUUGCAAAGGAGAAAAAGAAGAGGAAGAAGAAUAAGAAGACGAAAAAGGGUGUAGAAAUUAACGAUGACAUUAGCAAUGAUGAUAAUUGGUGGAUGAGUGAUGAUGCAUUAUAUGGGGAUAAAAAGAAGGAAAAGAGAAGAAGCAGGAAUAAUCGUGGUAGUGUCGAUUGGUGGUUAGACGGAUUUAGUGGUGAGCUAUGGCGAGCACGCAGGAAUAGCUUCGAUUCAGCUAGUGGAGACAUUCCAAAAAGUGGUGGUGUGAGUAGUACUCCAAGUAUGAGAGGAACCAUUUGUUAUGUUGCUCCCGAGUGUGGCUAUGGUGAUGAUGUCUCCGAAAAGUGUGACGUUUAUAGCUUUGGGAUCUUGUUGCUUGUUAUCAUUUCUGGGAGACGUCCACUUCAAGUGACCGGUUCACCGUUGUCAGAGUUUCAAAGAGCUAAUCUUUUGUCAUGGGCACGCCACUGUGCAAGAAACGGGAAGCUCACUGAGCUGGUUGACGAGUCUAUUCAGUCAUUGAAUAAGGACCAAGCUCUGAUCUGCAUCAAAGUGGCUUUACUAUGUUUGCUUAAGUCACCUGUUCGACGUCCUUCAAUGAAGGAGGUUGUUGGGAUGCUUAGUGGCGAGUUAGAACCACCCCAAUUACCUGUUGAGUACUCACCUUCAACUCCUUCUCGCUUUCCUUUCAAAUCCAGGAAGAAAGGCCAAGGCCGGUAAGUUGGUUAGUCACUAUCACAUAACCGAUAUUCAUCAUUAGCUACAGUAAUAUACUUGCAGUCGUAGUUUUCAAAUGACAGUUUCUUGUAUAGGGAUUUAUGUUCUCGCCAUAGAUAGAAGUUUACUUUCUUUUCUUUUCAUUUUGGUUGCUUUUAUUCUUGAUACCACUAUAGCAUAUGGUUUGGAGUUUGAUCUUUGUACAUUAACUUACUUCAUAUAUAUUUUUUCAUACUGAUUUGUAAUA